AUGCAGGGGGCAGUCAUUGUCCUUGCUCUCCUAGGAAUCACCUCAGGAGGAGAAGCGCUCCAACUGAUCCACUUGCCUGCCACCAGCAACGUGGCCGAGAAUGCUCCACCUGGCACUUUGGUGCACAAGUUUUCUGUGAAUUUAUCAGUAUCAUUGUCACCUGUGAUCCCAGGAUUCCCCCUGGUAAUCAACCCAAGGCCCUUCACUGAGGCCUUCAAGGUGAACAGACUGUCAGCAACCAACUUUCAGGUUGUCACCACUGGGAAAGAACGACUGGAUUUUGAAAGAGGACCAAAAAUAUUUGAUUUGCAGAUUUAUGUUAAGGAUGACGUUGGCGUCACAGACGUGCAAGUCCUGACAGUUCAGGUGACAGAUGUGAACGAGCCGCCUCAGUUCCAAGGCAGCUUGGCACAAGGUUUAAACCUCUAUGUCACAGAAAGACCAAACCCUGGCUUCAUUUACCAGGUGGAGGCAUUUGACCCAGAAGACACAAGCCAGAACAUACCCCUCGGGUAUUUCCUCAUUUCUCCCUCGAUGAACUUCAGAAUGUCUGCCAAUGGCUCCCUCUUCUCCACCACGGAACUGGACUUUGAAGCAGGGCACAAGAGCUUCAACCUCCUUGUGGGAGUAAGAGAUAGCGGGGAUCUCGAAGCUUCCACAGCUCUCCAGGUAACUGUCGUGAACAUCAACGAUGAGAUCCCACGCUUUACCAGCUCAAGGAGAGUGUACACCAUCCCAGAGGAAGUGCCUCUAGGAACCAUGGUGGCGAACAUCACAGCGGUGGAUCCUGAUGAUGAGGGCUUUCCUGGCCAACUCCUCUACAGCGUCACUACCACCAGCAGCUAUUUCAUGGUAGACCAGUUGACAGGGACAAUCCAAGUGGCCCAAAGGCUAGAUCGAGAUGCAGGUGAGCUGAGACAGAAUCCCAUCCUUUCUCUGGAAGUUCUGGUGAGGGACAGACCCUCUGGAGGUCAGGAGAACCGCAUCCAGAUAACUUUCAUCGUGGAAGACAUCAAUGACAACCCUGCGACCUGCAGAAAGCUCACCUUCAGCAUUAUGCUGCCUGAAAGAGCGGCCAACGGGACGUUGCUUUUGGACCUGAACAAGUUCUGCUUUGAUGAUGAUGGCGAAGCUCCGAACAACCAAUUCAACUUUACCACGCCAUCUGGAGUGGGAAGCAGCGGCAGAUUUUCACAGCAUCCAGCUGGCUCCGGGAGAAUUGUGUUGAUUGGUGAUCUAGAUUAUGAAAAUCCAAGCAACCUCGCAGCUGGCAAUCGGUACAGUGUGAUAGUGCAGGUGCAAGACGCUGCCCCUCCGCACUAUAAAGAAAGCAUCUACAUUUCUAUCCUAACAAGCCCAGAAAAUGAAUUUCCUCUCAUCUUUGAGAGACCAUCCUACGUGUUUGAUGUGCUAGAGAGAAGACCAGCUGGAACCCAGGUCGGGCAGGUGCGAGCGACAGAUGCGGACUUUCCCCAGAGUCCAGUGGUGUAUUCCAUAUCCAGAGGAGGGGCCAGCCCUCAGUACCCAAACAUAUUUUGGAUUAAUCGCAAGACAGGAGAACUCCAACUAAUAACGAAAGCAGACCACGAAACCACUCCUGUCUACAUGCUCGAGGUCGAGGCCACCAACGGCGAGGACAGGAGCUCAGUCACUGUUACUGUGAACAUCAUUGGAGAAAAUGACGAAAAGCCAAUGUGUACUCCAAAUUUUUACUUCAUGGCCAUCCCAGUGGAUCUAAAAGUUGGGACAAACAUUCAGAAUUUCAAGCUGACGUGCACUGACCUCGAUUCUAGCCCUAGAUCUUUUCGAUACUCCAUUGGCGCAGGCAACAUCAACAAUCAUUUCGCCCUCUCUCCCAACACUGGCUCCAACAUCACACGCCUACUGCUGGCAGCCCGCUUCGACUAUAGUAGCCUUGAUACAGUCUGGGACUACAAGCUGCUUGUCUAUGUUACUGAUGACAACUUGCUGUCUGGCAGAACAAAAGCCCAGGCUCUUGUUGAAACAGGGACAGUGACUCUGAGUGUUAAAGUCAUUCCUCACCCAGCCACGACCGUCACAACUCCCAGGCCCAGGAUUAUCUACCAGAUCCGCAGGGAAAACAUGUACUCCCCGUCUGCGUGGUACGUGCCGUUCAUCAUCACUCUGGGCUCCAUAGUUCUUGUCGGUCUUCUGGGGUCCCUGAUGGCGCUGCUGGCCAAAGCAGUCUACCGACACUGCUCCUCGGUGACCAGGAAGGACAAGAAACCUCUGACCAAGAAAGGAGACUCGAAGAGUAUGAAGAGAGAGGCCAUGGUGGAAUCUAUCCAGAUGAAUUCUGUCUUUGAUGGAGAAGCCGUAGAUCCAGUGACCGGGGAAAUAUAUGAAUUCAACUCAAAAACUGGUGCCAGAAAGUGGAAAGGCCCGUUAACCCAACUGCUGAAUUGGCCGGAGCCCAGUACCCAGCACAGAGGCACAGCUGGAGAAGUACCAGGCUCUAAACACACAGGGAAAUAA